GCCUCCUUUCGCCUGUCUGUCUUGUUUAUCCAGCCUGCGCCGUCUGCAUUCCAGCGAACCCACGUACGCGACCCGAUCCUGUCCUGUCGUCGACCGCCUCCACCCAGACAUCGUCUCAACCUGCAUCUCCCACGCACAUCGGCCAACAACCGCGCCUGUCUGACCUUUACAAUCCUUUGACGCUCCCACGGGGACGCGUCCGCCCACAAUGGCCACCAAUCCCAUUCAAAAUGCGUCGCUGCCCUCGCUGGCCCAACACCAGCAAAGCGACACUGGCUUGACGUCGGCCCUGGCCAGCCGCUACCACGCACAUCUCCCCAUUGCUACGCUGUCUACACAGGGCAUCGUUGCUAUCAACACAUGCACCGAUCCCAGCCGCGGUGUCGAUGGUGGCAAGGAAGGAAGUGCGCACCAGGCCGCAGAGGAUCUCUCCCAGAGGGCCUAUACGCGGCUUGGACAGCGUUCAGAAGACCAGGCGGUCGUGUUUCUGGGCGAGUCCGGGUCCGGCAAAACCACGAUUCGCGGUCACAUGCUAAGAUCACUGCUCUCAUACUCGGCCACACCUCUAUCCAAGAAGAUCGAGAACGCAAACUUCAUCUUCGAUGCCUUCACCACCACAAAGUCCCUGACCACGCCCAUUGCCUCCAAAUCCGGCCUCUUAUUAGAGCUCCAGUAUAAUACCACGACAUCCAACCAUGCCAUGCUCUUGGGCGCCCAGUUCCUGGCUCACCGUCUCGAACGCAGCCGAAUCGCCUCGGUGCCAACGGGAGAGCGCACAUAUCAUGUCCUCUACUACCUGCUUGCCGGAACCAGCCUUAACGAGAAGAAACAUCUCUACCUCGAUGUAGUGGGAGGAGAUGGCCCCGCAGGCAACCGAACUUCUAUUGGCUCUAACAAGAGGUGGCGUUACCUUGGGCAUCCUACACAACUCAAGGUGGGCAUCGACGACCCGAAAGGUUUCCAGGACUUCAAGGGUGCUCUACGCAAGCUCGAGUUUGGCAAGGAAAGCAUUGCUGGUAUUUGCGAAAUCAUGGCCACUAUCCUUCACAUCGGCCAGCUCGAGUUUGAAACAGGUCAAUCCACAACGCCUGGUGCCGAUGACAGCGGUGGCUAUUCGCAUGAAGGUGGCGAGUCGAUCACAAUGGUGAAGAACAAGGAGAGUCUGGUCCCAAUUGCUCAGUUCUUGGGCGUGACUGUCCAAGAAUUGGAGCAAUGUCUUCGCUACAAAUCCAAGACUUUGUACCGUGAACGAGUCACAGUCAUGUUAGAUCCCAAGGGCGCUCGAGCGAACGCGGACGAACUUGCUCGCUCGCUCUACUCGCUCCUUUUCACUUGGAUCAUAGAGCAAAUGAACUCGAGAAUAUCGGUUCUACCCGAACAGAUCUCCAACACCAUUUCCCUAGUCGACUUUCCAGGUUUCGCCAACUCUGCCGCCACCGGCUCCUGUCUUGACCAGCUGCUCAACAAUGCUGCCAACGAGUCACUCAUCACCUUCUGCCAAGAGAGUUUCUUCCAACGCCAAAUGCAAGAACUGGAAGCAGAAGAAAUCAGCCUACCCCCCAUGGCUUUCUAUGACAACACCGAGGCCAAGACUGGGUUGUUGAAGUCAGGCAACGGUCUCCUAAGUAUCCUUGACGACCAAAUGCGCCGCGGCAAAACCGACAUGCAAUUCCUGGACGCAAUCCGCAAACGAUUCGACGGCAAGAAUGAAGCGAUUCUACCAGGCAGUCUUACCGUUACACAACCGGGCAGCAACUUCCCCACUCCUAAUACUUCCACCACCUUUACCGUCCGCCACUAUGCUGGAGACGUGGAUUACAACGUCGAAGGCCUGCUGGAAGAGAAUGCAGAACUCAUCUCAGGUGACGUGAUGCAUAUUCUCAAGUCGGCUCAGGCUCCCUUUGUCCAGCAGCUACUGGGACAAGAGGCCCUACACAAAAUGUCGCAUCCGAAGGAGAAGACUGCCAUUGUCCAGGCCUCUGUCAGCUCCAAGCCUACUCGAAUGCCGAGUAUGGCGCGGCGCAAGGCUGACCAAACCGGAAGGUUCGGUCGCCGUGUUAACGUUUUUGAUGAGGAUGCUAUCAGUGAUGUGGAGAGCAACGUAUCUGCACCAAGGAAGGGCGGCGAAUCCAAGAAGCAAACUGGUGCUGCCGGACAGUUUGUCAGCGCCCUGAAGACCAUCGAGUCAUCACUGCGAAAGGCGAAUCCAUACUUCGUCUUUUGUUUAAAGCCCAACGACCGACGGAUUGCCAAUCAAUUCGACAGCAAAUGCGUUCGCCAACAGGUUCAGGCCCUUGGAAUUGCGGAGAUUAGCCAGCGUCUUCGCAUUGCCGACUACAGUAUCUUUAUGCCAUUCGCCGAGUUCUUGGGCCUCACGCAGACUGACGUAGGUAUCGUGGGGACUGAGAAGGAAAAGGUUGAGAUGGUCCUCGACGACAAGCCGUGGCGGGAGAACGAAGUCCGCGUCGGUGCUACUGGCCUCUUUCUAAGUGAGAGGUGUUGGCUGGAAAUUGCUAAUAUCGCGGAUACUCCCACGUACACCCGUGCUGCUGCCGGCUCUGAAGAUAAUCUUUUGAACCCAGCUGGCCGAUCAUUUGGCGAUUCCAGAGUCGGCCUCCUCUCGCCAUCGCCUGGUGCAUAUUACGAUGACAAGGGAGGGAGCUACUUCGGCAACCGAGACAUUGAUGCACGAUCAGAGGCACCGUCUGGUAUCACAAGCGGCGGCGGUGAUAUGUUCCAAGGUUUGGAGCAGCCGAAGAACCUUGAUGAGAAGGUGACAGACACGAAGCUGGAGGAAGUCGAUGUUCUCCCAGAGUCUAGUAGCCGAAAGAGAUGGGUAUUCAUCGUCUACUCGCUUACUUGGUUCAUCCCCGACUUCCUCAUUCAACACAUCGGACGGAUAAAGCGCAAGGAUGUGCGGCUCGCAUGGCGCGAGAAACUGGCUAUCAACUUCCUCAUCUGGCUGGCUUGUGCCUUCGUCGUCUUCCUCAUGAUUGGCUUCCCAAUGGUCAUCUGCCCCAAACAGCACGUUUAUUCACCUGCUGAGUUGACAAAUUACAAUGGCAAGGGUAAAAACGAUGCCUACAUUGCUAUGCGAGGUAUUGUCUACGAUCUUGGCGAGUUUAUGCCUCACCACUACCCGAAUAUCGUUCCGCGAAAGAGUCUGGAGAGGUACGCUGGGAAAGAUGCGACCAACUUGUUCCCCGUUCAGGUUUCCGCUUUGUGCUCUGGUGUCGAUGGAACCAUUCAUCCGGGCGUUCAAUUGAACUUCAGAUCCUCCAACUACACUGGAAACAAGGCCAACAACCUCGUCGGCUUCGAUCUCAAUGCUCAGUAUCACGAUUUCCGCUGGUUCACGAACGACUCACGCCCAGAUUGGUGGUUUGAGCAACAAAUGUUCCUCAAGGCCAAUUAUAUGAAGGGUCGUCUUGGUUACAGCCCUAAGUACGUGAAGAAGCUUGCCACUCAGGAUAAUAACCCUAACGCGAUCGCCUGGAUGAACAACCGAGUGUACGAUCUGACUCAGUACAUUCCUGGUGGUCGUGAAGUCAAGUUCAAAACUGACGGUAGCGACAAACCCGACGAGCCGACCAAUGUCGACUUUAUGGACACCAGCGUUGUUGACAUCUUCCGCGUUCAAGCUGGUGGUGACAUUAGCAAAUACUGGAAUAACCUCAAACUGGAUGCGAAGUUGAAGAACGACAUGCUUGUUUGCCUAGACAAUCUCUUCUACGUCGGCGACCUAGACACAAGAAGCUCAGCAAAAUGUCUGUUCGCCAAAUACCUUCUUCUCGCUAUCUCUAUCCUCUUGGUCAGCGUCAUCGCAUUCAAGUUUCUUGCAGCCCUUCAGUUCACCAGGAAGACGGACCCAGAGAACAUCGACAAGUUCAUCAUGUGUACGGUCCCCGCUUAUACCGAGGAUGAAGAAUCUCUACGUCGUGCGAUUGACUCUGCUGCGAGAAUGAAGUAUGAUGACAAGCGCAAGUUGUUGGUCAUCAUUUGCGACGGUAUGAUUAUCGGUCAGGGCAACGACAAGCCAACUCCUCGCAUCGUCCUUGAUAUUCUUGGUGUCCCAGAAUCUACAGAUCCCGAUCCUUUGAGCUUCGAGAGUCUGGGUGAAGGUCAACGCCAACACAACAUGGGCAAGAUCUAUUCUGGGCUCUAUGAGGUCCAGGGACACAUUGUGCCGUUCUUGGUUGUGGUCAAGGUUGGAAAGCCUUCGGAGGUAUCCAAGCCUGGUAACCGCGGCAAGCGUGACUCGCAGAUCAUCUUGAUGAGAUUCUUGAACCGAGUCCACUACAACCUUCCCAUGAGUCCCCUUGAGCUCGAGAUGCACCACCAAAUCCGGAAUAUUAUCGGAGUCAAUCCAACCUUCUACGAGUUCCUUCUGCAAAUCGACGCCGACACUGUAGUCGCACCAGACGCCGCCACUCGUUUUGUUGCAGCCUUCAUUCACGAUACCCGCCUCAUCGCUAUCUGCGGUGAGACGGCCCUCACCAACGCCAAAUCGUCCUUCAUUACUAUGAUGCAAGUGUACGAAUACUUCAUCUCGCACAACCUGAUCAAGGCUUUCGAAAGUCUGUUCAGCUCCGUCACCUGUCUCCCCGGUUGUUUCACCAUGUACCGUAUCCGCGCCACCGAGACCGGAAAGCCUCUGUUCGUCAGCAAAGAAGUUGUAGAAGCAUAUCAAGUCGUACGCGUUGAUACGCUGCAUACCAAGAAUCUAUUGCAUCUCGGAGAAGAUCGUUUCUUGACAACAUUGUUGCUCAAGUUUCAUGGCAAGUACAAGACCAAGUACACGAGACAAGCUCACGCCUGGACCGUGGCACCUGACAGCUGGGCCGUCUUCAUGUCCCAACGUCGUCGCUGGAUCAACUCGACAGUUCACAACUUGGUGGAACUUAUUCCGCUUCAACAGCUCUGUGGUUUCUGCUGCUUCAGCAUGCGCUUUAUUGUAUUCCUGGAUUUGCUCUCGACAAUUGUACAACCUGUCAUCGUCGUUUACAUCGGAUACCUCAUCUACCUCCUGGUCUGGAGCAAGGAUGUUGUGCCUGUCACCGCCUUCAUUCUAUUAGGAGCUGUGUAUGGUUUGCAGGCGAUCAUCUUCAUCAUUCGCCGCAAAUGGGAGAUGAUUGGAUGGAUGAUCAUUUACAUCAUUGCAACCCCAGUUUUCGCCUUUGGUCUGCCAUUGUACUCUUUCUGGCAUAUGGACGAUUUCUCCUGGGGUAACACGCGUGUUGUCACUGGUGAGAAGGGUCAGAAGGUCAUUGUGUCAGACGAGGGCAAGUUUGACCCCGCAAGUAUCCCGAAGAAGAGGUGGGAGGAAUACCAGGCGGAAAUGUGGGAGCAGCACACAAUCAGGGACGACCGCUCGGAAGUUUCAGGCUACACCUACGCCACAAAGAAGCCUUUUGGAGCCAUGUCUGUCGCUGGUUCUGAGUAUGGAGGCAUGCCACCGUCGCGAGCCAUGUCACAUCUCGACAUUGCCCGCUACAACAACCAAUCACGCCUCAGCCUUGCCCAGAGUGGAUAUGGCAUGGACAGCAUGGAGAUGGCAAAUUUGCCCAGCGACGACGCACUCUUGCUCGAAAUCAAGGACAUCCUUCAAAGUUCGGACCUCAUGUCUGUUACCAAGAAACAUGUCAAGGCUGAACUGGAAAAACGAUUCGGAUGCGAUCUUUCGCUCAAGAAGCAGUUCAUCGGCUCCGCUGUCGAGUCUCUGCUUGUCAGCGGCCAGUUACACUAGCGUAUUGAUGUUUCCUCUUCGACUUGGUAACACGACCCGUCGAUGCCUUACGAAUCUACGCGCAGCCAAAAUCUUCGCUUGUUUCUCAUUUGCAUGCAUCGUUCUCUUUGGAGACUAGAGCAUUUGUCUGUGUUGGCUAUUAUUACUACUAAUAACUGCAUCGUCUCUCUCCCCUGGGUGGAGUCACCUUUUUCGGUCACGGCGUUUUUGCGGUUCUGUAUCUGGAUCUCCUGUGGGGAUAGCAACUUGCAUCUACCGUCAUCUUACCGUCUUUUAGCAUGGGCAUGGAAAAUACUUGGGUAGAUAUAGGAUGUAGGAUUUGAGAAAAGAGAAAUAUAUGAGAUUGCAUAGUAGCCAGCCUGAGAUGCCUCUCUGCAAAUCUGUUUGACUCA